UGCAGAACGAAAUCGGUUGACUGGAAGUUCUGAGAGUUAUGAAACUUUGGAACUAACCUCUAUGGCCUGUCUCUAACUUACGCAAGAUGUCUACUUUGCUGUAUGCUGAGCUUGCAGCAACAUGCAGUGCCCUGGGUUAUUUUGAUGGCAGCAAGUAUUAUAUUGAUAUUCACUGUCAGGAAACCAUAAAGGACCUCAUUCGUUAUUUACGUCGGGAUGAUGAAAAUCAUGAAAUUCGUCGGUAUAUUGGUGAAGCAAAAAUUCUUCAGGCAGAUUUGUUACCUAUGUUAAAGGAUUAUUGGCAGAAGUCAGACUUGUUUGAUGUACUUUUGAGAUUGUUGGUGAAUCUAACAAAUCCAGCACUCCUUUUGUAUCGUGAAGAGUUGCCAGCAGAAAAAACAUCACGCAACUAUUACCUUCAGAUCAUAACCCAUUUGCAGUCUUACAAAGCUGCAUUUUGUGAUGACAGAGUUUGGGCAUUACUUAGUGUGAAACUGGGAGAUAUACUCAAAAUUGAUUCAAUGGAGAGAGAAGAAGAAAAAGGCCUAGUUAUAGAGAGAAUCCUGAUUUUGGUACGGAAUGUGUUGCAAGUUCCAGCCGAUCCAGAGGUCGAGAAGAGAACAGACAACGAUGCCAGUGUUCAUGAUCAGGUGCUUUGGGCUCUUCAUCAGUCAGGAAUGGUUGAUUUGUUCUUGUAUAUAGCUUGUUCUGAGAAUGAGCAACAGUAUUAUAUGCAUAUUUUAGAGAUUGUGUCGUUGAUGCUUCGAGAGCAGAACCCAGCACAGCUGGCUGAUGCAGCCAUCACAAGAAGUGUAGAAGAAAAAGAACGUGAUGAAGUGGAACUGCUAGCGAUCAGGCAGGAAGAAAUUCGUCAAAGACAGACAAAAGUGAAAAAAUUUACAGGAGCCAGGCACUCACGGUUUGGAGGCACGUAUGUGCUGAGGGACAUGAAGUCUAUUAGUGACAGUGAUAUUAUUUACCACAAGCCUUUGAACACAUUAGAUUCUUUGGAUUUUGAUCAAGACAAGACAAAGCAGAGGAGACCAAAGAAUCGUCUUCCUAUGAGAGAUGAAGAGUUACAACGACGAUCUGCUUUUAGUAUCCGACUAUUCCUGAAGGAGUUUUGUGUGGAGUUUCUAAAUGGAGCAUAUAACACACUGAUGUACCAUGUGAAGGUAAGUGCCUGUAUAUAUAUAUCACUGAUGGUCAUGGUGCAAGGACCAGUCAAGCUCCACUGGUUAUUCAUCCAAUUUCCUGAAAAUUCUUUUCAGUGA